AUGGCGAGUUCGAAUGGUAGCCUGUUGCUGAAGUUACGGGGCUCGGAGGUGAUGGCACAAACUUUUGCUAUGGUCUAUCUUGACGAAAACAAUGUUCUGCGUGUCACUACUUCCCCCGAUAUCGUUAAGUAUGCAGAAGAUAUUUUUGACCAGGAUGUGGCAGACCGGUUCAUGGAAGCCGUGAUGACUUCUCGGAAUCUCGCCUAUGAAGCAAUGAAGAAACCUAUACUCGAUCAGUCCGGUCAUUUGGCAAAAUAG